UCACGCAACAGGUUUCAGUUCCUGCACUUUUCUACUGUGAAGAAAAGCAUUAACUAACUGAGGAAAUAUAUUCAAAGCAACAGGUGGAGGAUUGACUGUCAACAGAUGGACGUUAUCUGAGGAUUCUAGAAGACCUUGACUUCAACGAAACGCUGAUUUAUGGAUUACACUUUGUCUUUCCCUUUUUUCCUCUGACUUGAUUUUCUUCAGAGAAAGAUAUUACGUUUUUUUCUUGAACAACAAUUGAAUGUGAAAAUGGGCUCCUCUCCAUCCAAAGGAAAGUUAUUUUCUAAGACAGGAAAUUCUGGACCUCAACCAGAUUUGCUAGAUGAGGCACAGAAGGAGGGUGUUGAUUCUAGACCUGCAGAGGAAAAGAGUCAAUGUUUCAAAACUGACGAGAAAGAAAAUGAACUUCCUCUACCCAUUGAAGAACCUCAUACAAAAGAGAUUGAUUGUUCUCAGCUGGCCUGCGACACAGAGGUUGCCCAAAACAUAGAGGACAUCAAAGAAAAAGAGGUGAAUGUGAGGCCCCUGGGAAUAGUCGAGGAGGUUGUACAAACAGAUACAUAUAAAACAACAGAGAAAGUAAAGAAGAAUAAAGGCAGGAGAAGGUCUACUAAAAAGCACAGAAAAACGUCUUUUGUCCAGACAAAGGUUGACUUCCCUCCACACAUGGUGAGGGCUCACGUGGCAGCCUAUGCCUUUCUGAAUCCGAACAUCUCCAAAUAUGAGACCCUGUUGGGCCUGCUGGACCAGGCCGCGCAGACACAGCUAUCCCUGCAGCCCCCGAUGUCCGCUUUGGUGUUGCGCUUCGAGGAGAUCAACCAGGCUCUAGAAGAAAUGGCGGAGGAGGGGGAGCUCAUGUUGAAAGAGCACGGGGACAACAUGGCCUUGCAAUCUGGGAUGAUGGGCCCCACUGUUAUGCCAGCUAAACCAAAAAAUUACACAGGCAAUCCCCCCAACCCACCUCCAGAUCUGUUACAGCAACUGCUCCAGCAUUCAACAGAGAAAAUGAGGCUUGUGGGGGGCUCAGUCCACGCUCUUGGUGACACCACCCUUGAGGAGGCGGUAGAGUAUUUUACUUCUCUCUCUAAACUGCUGGUUGGGAAGCUGCAGACCAAGCAAGCAGCAGAGCAGAGGUUGUCUCAAGUGCUGGCUCGAGUGGAGGAAGCUGCCAUGAGGAAGUAUAACCCAGAGGAGUUGUCACUGCACAGUGAGGACAGUGGGAUUGGGGGAGAAAAUGAGAGUCUGACGUCUGAGAGGUACCACCGGCAGCGUGGGAGUGCUGGAGCUGGAAGUUGUGGAUCUGGAUUCAACAAUCGAGGUGCAUUUGAUUUUUUGCCCAGCAAUUUACCCAAUCUUAAAGACUACAAUGAAGAUGGUGAAGAUGACGAGGAGGACGAUGAGGAUGAAGAGUUUGAGGAUGAUGAAGGUGAUAGGCCUGAAAGGAAAAGAUCAAACUCUUCCCCACCAGAUCCCAGUCAAGCUUUAUUUUACACGUUUGCAAAGUACAUGAAGGAUUGGCAGCCUGCAGGGAAACGACCUCUGACUGCUGCGGCUGCUUCUGAAUACACAUCAUCCAUCUUGAGUGUAGACUUUAUGAUGGAACUACAAAACAGCCGGGGGAACUUGGAUCAACAAAUGAAAAAGAUGGCUGAAUUCCGAGGAAAGAAGGAGUUAGCAGGUCCUCAUUACAACCUGUAUAAAAAUGGACAAAGACGGCAUUCAAUAAGUGGAUCGUCAGGUGCACAAAAAGGCCCUUUCAGAACAAAUCAAUCACCUGGUUCCUCAAAAAUGUUAGCACCCCAACCACCAAAGCACCAAUCGGUCAGAAAGUUGAUAAAUACCUUUAGCCAAGGGGUGGAUGGUAGACCAGGGCAAAGCCUUGCAAAUGUCCCAUCUCAUAUCAGGAGCCACAGGAGAGUUCGGAUCCCUCAAUCAUCUGACAUGGUAAAUGGUAAUGAUGGGGGGUUUGUCAUCAAUGGCAACAAUAACAACAACAGCUGGCCUGAAAGCAAGGAUGACCUGGAUGAGGACAACCUACCACCUCCGCCCCCAGAGGUUUUGUGGGACAAUUCCUUCCAGAGAGAUGAUGGCAUACUAGGAAAUAAGGAAGGGUCACAGGAAGAUUCGUCUCUAAAUCUCCCAAUAAUAAACCAAAAGACGGGAGUGUCCCAGCGCCUCAAGGCAUCCAUUCAGAAUGUGGAAGUGCUGCCAAACCGAGUCAGCGCCAGGUCAAGAGCGAUCACUAUCUUGCCUGCCCUUGCUGCAAGACGGGAUGCUGUUAUGGGGGCACAAGAUGCAGAUAAGCAACCAGAAACGUGGAACAGAUGUGAAAGUACUGAACUCUAUGAAGGCGAGAUAAGCUCCUACAGACUGCCUGUGACAGCACCACCUGUGUCUAGAGUGCGCCUACCGCCAUCUUGUCCUUCUGUGUGCCACAAAUUUCCAAGGCCUCCUGCUUUUAGACCUCAGUCCACCUCUCGCCCAAGUUCUCCAGUAGAAGUGACACGUGCCACAGAUAACAACACUGAAGACAUCAUUCCGUCUGUGUCCUUCCGCGAUGCCCGCUCAGUCUUCCUACAAAAAGAAUCACAAAACUCACAGACCUGCAUCACAUCUGGAGGUACUAUACUCCCCAAACUCUGGGAAGAGAGCUCCCGAGGCCGGUUUUCCACAAGAGGGAUAGACAAUUCUAACCGUCGCACCCAAUCAGAACGGAGGCCAACUUCCCAUUCAGAGCUUUCCAAUGGCAGCUCCUCAACCGCUACCCAGGCUAAGGGGACUGUUCCGACCAAAUAAAUGCUGGACAGUCCUCUGAUGAUGGGUGACGACAUCAGUUGGACCCAAGUGCCGCUGUGUCAACAGCCGAGAGCCCAGCUGUGAUUGGUCGGGAUGCUUAAGUAAAAUAGGACGUUGGAAGGGAAGGGAGAAAGGGAUUAUGGAUUAGCCGGAUUCUGAAGUUAAGACCCUUUGUCUUUACUUUCCUUUGCUAAUAAAAUAUGUUUUUUCCAGCAUUUGUGUUGGAUGC